GGACGCCCUGGUAUGAAUCUAAGCUACAACUCCUCUCCCCUCCCGUCUCGCCGCUGCCGGAAAAGUCAGUACAAUCGAAGAAGCUCGUGCUGACCUCGGGCCUUUCAGAGGCAUCUGAUGAUCUCCGGGACAGUUAGCCACACGCCAUUUGGAGUGUUCAUCCGUGUCCGGGGAGUGUCCCUGUAACCCGACAUUCCCGAUUCUCAAUUUCGGGCAAAAUUUCGAGAAGUUCCUUUCGUUCUGUCUGUGCCUGCUGAAUCGUUUAUGAACACGAGCAGUUAAAAUUGUUCGCCAAUGUCAUGGUUUCGGAAUAGCUCUUUUCCGAAAAUGUCAUUGUUGAAGCUUUUUGUUUAAUGAAAUGAGUUAUUUUACAAAUUGAUUCUGUUAAUGCUGCAAUUCUCUGAAGGAUGCGUCUCAAGCUGGAGAAGAGAGCAUAGUGGCGAUGAAGACCACAUCUCAAGGUGGACAAAUUUUGUUUCUUUAUCCAAUUGAUAGACACGCUUUUUGAAACUGAAGAAGACAGCAGAAUGGCUCUGAAGAGCGCGGCUACUGGUUCUCUCUGGUCCAUUCGUUCAGUGUUCUUUGCUCUCUCAAUCAUCUGCUCUAUCUCCCUCUUCAUCUUUUUCUUCUCCAGUUUUAUUCCUAUGCUACGACCUCCUCGUAAUCUCCAAAGCACCACAAGUUCAAUUAAAGUGUUUGUUGCAGACCUCCCGAGAUCCCUCAACUAUGGCCUUCUUGAGCAGUAUUGGUCCAUAGACUCCGAUGCGAGGCUGGGAAGUGAAGUAGACAAUGAAAUUAGGAAGUCCAUUUUGUCUAAACGUUCGGACAAAUUUCCUCCAUAUCCCGAGAACCCACUGAUCAAACAGUACAGCGCGGAGUACUGGAUAUUGGGUGAUCUUAUGACUCCUCCAGAAUUGAGAAAAGGGUCGUUUUCUGAAAGGGUGUUUGAUGCUAAGGAUGCUGAUGUGAUUUUAGUGCCAUUUUUUGCAACAUUAAGCGCUGAAAUGCAACUGGGGCUGAAUAAAGGAGCAUUUCGGAAGAAGGUAGGGAAUGAUGACUAUAAGAGGCAGAAAUUGGUUGUUGAUUUAUUGAAGCAGACUGAGGCCUGGAAACGCUCAGGAGGCCGUGACCAUGUAUUUAUCCUCACUGACCCUGCUGCAAUGUGGCAUGUUAGAGAGGAGAUUGCUCCAGCAGUUCUCCUAGUAGUCGAUUUUGGUGGUUGGUACAAGCUUGACUCAAAAACAGCCAAUGAGAACACAACAAAUAUGAUACACCACACUCAAGUUUCAUUGCUGAAGGAUGUGAUCGUGCCCUACACACAUUUACUCCCUAAAUUGCAGUUAUCAGAAAACCGGAGACGCCCUACACUUCUUUACUUCAAAGGAGCUAAGCAUAGGCACCGGGGAGGCCUCGUUCGAGAAAAACUAUGGGAGUUGCUGGUUGAUGAGCCUGGAGUGAUAAUGGAAGAAGGGUUUCCCAAUGCCACAGGGAAGGAGCAGUCGAUUAAGGGUAUGAGAACAUCUGAGUUCUGCUUGCACCCAGCAGGAGACACACCCACCUCAUGCAGGCUUUUUGAUGCCAUCCAAAGUCUCUGUAUCCCUGUCAUUGUUAGCGAUGAUAUUGAGCUCCCAUUCGAAGGUAUGAUUGAUUAUUCAGAAUUUUCAGUCUUCAUAGCAGUAAGUGAUGCACUCCGACCAAACUGGCUCGCGAGCCAUCUGAGGAACUAUUCUCGUAUCCAGAAGGAUAAAUUUCGCGAAAAUCUGGUGCGAGUCCAGCCCAUCUUUGACUACGAGAGCGGUCAACAAGGUGGGGUAGGUCCAAUUCCUGCUGGUGGUGCUGUGAACCACAUUUGGGAAAAAGUUCAGCAAAAAAUACCCCUGAUCAAAGAAGCAAUUGUCCGAGAGAAAAGGAAACCUCCAGGAGUAUCUGUUCAGCUUAGGUGCCAUUGCACUUGAAGAAAUGAUACUCCCUUUGUCCCAGUGUAUUUGUUUACUUUGACUUUUUCGAGUCAAGUAAUAUGAACUUUGAACUUCAAUUAAAAAAAUUAUAAUGUAUAUUAAUAUAAAAUUGAUUUUAUUAGAUUUAUCUUGUUGAGAACUUUCAAAAUUUUAUUUCAUUGUAUUAAUAUUCAAUACAAAUUGAGAGUAAUUGAAGCACAAAGUUUGUGGAAUUUGAUUCGAUAAAGUCAAACUGGACAAAUACACUGAGACAGAGGUAGUAUCUUCUCAACAACAUUUGACACUUGAACAUCACUUCUUGUUGUGUACUACUCCCUCCGUCCUGAAGUAUUCGUCCAGUUUUGACUUUUGGAACUGUUCAUUUAAGCACUUUGACUCAUCAAAUUCUCUCAAUGUGUAAGCCUAAAUAUAGUCAUGUGUGAUCUUGUUUGAUUUGUCUUAACAUAUAGAUUAUUAAUAUAUAAUUUCUAUAAUU